UCCCGCCGCCCGCUCAGCAGCGGGCAUCAUGGCGGAGCCCGAGGAGCAGCCGCCGCCCGCCGCGGCGCAGAGCGGCGGCCGGAGCGAUGGCGGUGAUGAAGCUCCGGAGAGCGGGACCGCGGCGGGGCCCGCCGAACCGGGCCCACCCCCGGCCGGGUCGCCGGGCACCGAAGAGCCCGCGGGCGACGCGAAAAAGAAAAUUGACGUGCUGCUGAAGGCCGUGGGCGACACCCCCAUCAUGAGGACCAAGAAGUGGGCGGUGGAGCGGACCCGGACCAUCCAGGGCCUCGUGGACUUCAUCAAGAAGUUCCUCAAGCUGAUGGCUUCCGAACAGCUGUUCAUAUAUGUAAACCAGUCUUUUGCUCCAUCUCCAGACCAAGAAGUGGGGACCCUCUAUGAGUGUUUUGGAAGUGAUGGCAAGCUUGUACUGCAUUAUUGCAAAACUCAGGCUUGGGGAUGAAUGACUGGCCACACAGUUGUUCAGGUUUUCUCUUCAAAAAUGGAGAAAGGACUAACUUGAACUCAAGCUGUAAACACACAGAAAGAGGGAUUUUUGCAUUGCUGCCUAUGAACAUAUGAUGCAGAUGAAUAAGCAAAGAGCUGGUUAGGCUGUAUGAUCACAUGGCUUUUUUUCUGAUGUACAUCUGGGGUACAGAAAAAACACCUGCACCUGCCAUGUAGAGUAGAACCAGCGUUCCUGCUGCUGACUACUUAAUUACUGUAUCUGAAGGGAAAUUAUUUCAGUUGUCUGCAGGACUGACUGGACAGCUCUGUCCAUAUGCUGUACUGAAGAUAAGAGAACCUUUUUAAUAAAAAAGUAACAUCUGUUGUA